AUGGAACGAAAGCAAAAUGUUCCUGCAUUCUCUAUUGAAAAUAUUCUUCACAAAGAAAAGGGAAAGGAAUAUUCAGGAGAGUUUUGUUUUAAAUAUGGACAGGAUUUCACAAAUUUCCAUUCAAACGGCGGUACUUUUUCCAAAGAUAAAAAAGACCCAGAAUUUUGUGAUGGACGUUCUGAAGAUGAAAUUGACAUUGAAGGAUCUGACUCGGAAUCUGUGACGUCUGAUGGUUCAAUUUCUUCAUCACCGACUGCGGAAAUCUUAAAUUUAUCGAUUCGGACGAAAAAGACGGACGCAUCAUAUCAAAUAGAGGACUUCAUGCCAAAUAACGGACAACCCUCUAUAGGAAAACAAACAGGCGUGUGCACAUUUAUGGAAAAGAAACCAGAUAGAAUCAUUCAGGGGCAAAAACCAAGGAAAAAACGUUCCCGUGCUGCAUUCUCCCACGCGCAGGUAUUCGAACUAGAGCGGCGAUUCCAACACCAGCGCUAUUUAUCGGGACCAGAGAGAGCAGAUUUAGCUCACGCACUGAAGCUUACUGAAACACAAAUAAAAAUAUGGUUUCAGAACAGACGAUACAAGACAAAAAGACGUCAAAUACAACAGGAACAGAGUCUGGCAGGCUCUGCAAAGAAAGCCGCAGUGACAUUGUUAGUCAAGGACGGGAAACGGAUAUAUAAUCCAGGGGAGAUCACUCGACCUGUACUGAUACCAUCCGUCCCAAUAUCUGGUUUUUAUCAGUACUGUUAUUUCUAA